ACCUCCUAUUUAUACCUCCCUUGUCUUGUUUCCUGUAUUCAUUUCUCCAUUCAUAUCACAUGCUUCCAUCUAAUUUUACGAACACCAACUGAGUCUGAAUCGGAUCUAGUGCUUCAUUAGCAAAAUGGGUAUUUGCAGUUCGUGUGAAUCUACAUCUGUUGCUACAGCAAAAUUGAUAUUACAAGACGGAAGAUUACAAGAGUUUCCGUACCCAGUUAAAGCUUCAUACUUAUUACAAAGAGAUCCAACAAUAUUCAUAUGUAACUCCGACGAAAUGGAAUUUGGUGACGUUGUUUCAGCCAUAAGUGCUGAUGAAGAACUUCAACCGGGUCAACUUUACUUUGCGUUGCCUUUGAGCAAUCUGAAACGGAGGCUUCAGGCUGAGGAAAUGGCAGCAUUAGCCGUCAAGGCUAGUUCUGCAUUGAAUAAUUGUGGCGGUGAAAGAUACGGUUGUCGGCGUAAAGCUUCAGAUUUCUUAUUGGAAAAAGGUAAAGCGGGAGAUAAUAAUAAUGGUUCAGACGCGGCGGAUUUGAGAAGAGCGAGGAGUAGUGGUGGUAGUGGGAGGAGAGGGAAGUUUACGGCGAGGUUAACUGCAAUACCUGAGUAGCAAAAUGUUUCAUUUUUCAUUUGUGAAUAGUAGAAUUAGUUGAGAUUAAAAUUCAAGAACUGCUCUAUGAUUAGUGGGUGGUUCAAAAUUCGGCAUCUACUUUUUUUAGUUUUAGAACUAGUAUUAAUUUUCCUUGUCAGCCAAUGUAGGGGUUGUAUCACAAUUUUACCUCUAUGAGUUUGAUAAGCUAUAUGGUGUGAAAUCAUAAAAA